GACUAGGAAAAAUGAUAUGAAAAUUUUAAUAGUAAUAAAAGGUGCCCUGAUCCCCAAUCCCCAAAAACAAAAAAGUCGAAAGAAAAAACAUGCCCUGGAGACCUACAAAAAUUCAUUCAUGUCUCAUCAAAUUCAAAGGCGCACGAGCCGCGUGGGUUGCUAACAUACGCGUCGAAGCGCAAUAAGCACCAGCGACAGCAACAGCAACAGCAACAAUUAACAGUAGCAGCAGAUCGGUUUAAUCCACGCCAACACUUUUGCUGUUUUGUUUGUCCAUUUCUUAUUACUACUUUUCAAAGUUUUCUGCUUUUUCCUAUUCUCUUUUCGUUUCUUUUCUUCUUUUCAAUUCUUUUGCUUUGGUGAGCACUGACUUCCCUUUCUUCCACACAAGACUGUGAGAGAGAGAGAGAGAGAAAUUACGAUAGAGUUUGUAUGAUCUGAGGGAAAAUUUAAAAGCAUGAUAAUGGAAUGGGAGAAUCAAGAACAUCAUCAUCAUCACCAAGAGAAUCAAAACCAGAGAGAUGGUGUGAAUGUAAAUGUGAAUAAUGGUGGAGUAAUGUAUGUCAAAGUGAUGACCGAUGAGCAGUUGGAGACUCUCAGGAAGCAAAUUGCUGUUUAUGCCUCCAUUUGUGAGCAGCUUGUUGAAAUGCAUAAGAACCUCACUGCCCAGCAAGAUCUUGCAGGCCAGUCUCUCUUUCUUUUUGUCAUUAUCUAAAUGGAUAUUGCUCGUUUCCAAAGGUGGCAGGCUGGGAAAUCUCUAUUGUGACCCUUUGAUGACAUCUGCUGGGCACAAAAUUACUGCUAGGCAGCGGUGGACUCCAACUCCUUUGCAGCUUCAAAUUCUUGAACGUAUCUUUGAUCAGGGGACUGGAACUCCAAGCAAGCAGAAGAUCAAAGAGAUAACCUCAGAACUGAGCCAGCACGGACAAAUUUCUGAAACAAAUGUCUAUAACUGGUUUCAAAAUAGACGGGCUCGAUCUAAAAGGAAGCAACUGGUGUCAUCGUCCAACAAUGCUGAAUCAGAAGUAGAGACAGAAGUUGAAUCACCAAAUGAAAAGAAGACAAAGCCAGAGAAUCUUCUCUCCCAGCAGAACCCUGCACCAAGGGCUGAAGAUCUGUGCUUCCAGAACACAGAGAUAACCUCUGAGCUGCAUUUCUUGGGUGUACUAUCCAAUCCAAAUUCAUACAACGGAGAUGACCAUCUGUCUGGAAAAAUGGGAAUGCCCGGGAGCUACAACAUAUAUGACGAGGCAGAAGACUACAGCAUGGCAGGGUGAGACUUGGGAGUCACUUUGUGCACCUCGUGCCUGUUAUUACUGGAAGGAGGAAGCACAUGCCGGUCGAAGACUCUGGUUGUUGGACUAGGGACGAGACAAAAGAAUUCGGCCUAAUUAUGGAACAAUAGCAUUCCUAACAUAGUAAAGCUAAUACUCCUAGUUUGAGCAUGAAAUGAGCCGGUUAAGUUGGAAAUGGAUUUGCUAUUAUGUAACUCUGAAUUUUAGUCUACCUUUGUGCUUUGACUUUUUCUUUUUGGUUAUUUGUUAAAUAGAGAAGGAACUCCAUGAAUGUUUUGGCAAGUUCUUCGUGAAAUUAGAUCAUGCUUGGUUUUGUUAGCGUAGAUGACUCUUUGGUUUGAUUUUGGACAUUUAACAUAUGUUGGUUGGGUAAUGUAUUGUCUCCAAAGUCCAAAGAAUGCAGGUGUCAUUGCAAUCACAAGCUUGUACUUGAGAGAAGCAUGAAAAUGAGAAGCCAUUUUUUUUCUUUGAUUGGGAAAAUUGUGAUGUCAAUUAGCGUUGCGGUGGACAUAUAAGACGUAGUAUGGAUCACAACUGUUAUGAAGCCGCGUUGAUCCAACGCCGGCAUGGAACAAGUGGUAAGUGGUGACCAGUUAAAGCUUAUCAACCACCACACCAAGUCCGGUGGAGCGAUGAUGCUUGAAUUUCAAUUAAGCGAAGAAUGAUUCAAGUAUUGAAUAUGGUUGGAAUUGGAUCGUUUCAGCGCAUUCAUGAUUUCCUGUGAUGUAGAAUGACAAUCUGUUUGCUGCUUGUCGACCAAUAUCUGAGCCUCACUACCAUUACAGACACACACACUCACCCACCAUCAACAAAGAAUGAUUAUUGGGGAUCCCACCACUAAUGAUUGUGUUUAAUUACUUCGGUUGAAAAUCAAAUUACUU